GAACUCUUCUAUUCCCUGCGAUCAAUGUCAACGACUCUGUUACCAAGAGCAAGUUUGACAACCUGUACGGAUGCCGCCACUCUCUACCAGAUGGUUUGAUGAGAGCCACUGAUGUCAUGAUUGCCGGCAAGGUUGCAGUGGUAUGUGGAUAUGGAGAUGUGGGCAAGGGUUGUGCUGCAGCCAUGAAGCAGGCAGGUGCCCGUGUGAUCGUGACUGAGAUUGACCCAAUCUGUGCUCUACAGGCCACUAUGGAGGGCAUCCAGGUUCUUCCUCUAGAGGAUGUAGUUGCUGAAGCUGAUAUCUUUGUCACCACCACUGGGAACAAGGACAUCAUCAUGGUGGGGGACAUGAAGAAGAUGAAGAACAAUGCCAUUGUUUGCAACAUUGGUCACUUUGACAAUGAAAUUGACAUGCUAGGGCUCGAAACCUACCCGGGGAUUAAGAGAAUUACCAUUAAGCCCCAAACAGACCGAUUUGUCUUCCCUGAAACAGGAAAAGGUGUGCUUAUUUUGGCAGAGGGUCGUCUCAUGAACUUGGGUUGUGCCACUGGACACCCCAGCUUUGUCAUGUCGUGCUCGUUUACUAACCAAGUGAUUGCCCAGCUUGAGUUGUGGAAGGAGAGAGCCACAGGGAAGUAUGAGAAGAAGGUCUAUGUCUUGCCAAAGCAUCUUGAUGAGAAGGUUGCAGCCCUUCAUCUUGGGAAGCUUGGUGCUAAGCUUACUAAACUCACACCUGAGCAAGCUGCGUAUAUCAGUGUUCCAGUUGAGGGUCCUUACAAGCCUGCUCAGUACAGGUACUAAGUAGAGACGUCUCCCGGGUUCAAGAAGGGAGUGUUUUUUUAUCCGAUCAGAAACAGAAGUUCUCUUUGUUGUUGGGGACAUGUUGAGGUGUUGGGAUACUAGAAGGUGAGGUCUCUGAACAAGAGAGACCAUCUACGAUAUGUUGAAUAAGUUUUUGUUGGGGGGAGGGGUCUUUUGGUACUAUUGUUUCUUAGAGUUGUUUGCUUGCUCGCUUAUGUUGUUUCUUAUCUUAAAAAAAUGAAGGCCCGUUUUGUUUUCUUUGCUGCUUGUCCAAUCUUUUUUUUCACUUUUUACACCGGGAAAAACGUUAUGUAGGGUUUUGCUUCUGUUUUUCAAUUUCAUCUAUCAGUCAAAUUCAAUGGUUCUAGUAACUGAUUUUAAUAUUUCGGCCUUUAUUUGGAAACCUGCAACAUUUUUAUUCUUCAAUUAUAAUGUCAUUUGAUCCUGUAAACUAUGGAUUUGGAGUGUAAAUGAAUAAAGUUUGGGAGUUUUCUCAUUCUUCC